AACACCACUUCCUCGCCUGCACGGCUCCCAACACCCCCUCUAGUCGCCCAUCAUGGCAGAGCGUAAAGUCCUCUCCAAGUACUACCCGCCGGACUUCGAUCCCUCGAAGAUCAAGCGCGUCAAGCGCCCGCAAGGUGGUCAAAUCGUCGUCCGCUUGAUGGCUCCCUUCAGCAUGCGCUGCAACUCCUGUGGCGAAUACAUCUACAAAGGACGCAAGUUCAACGCUCGCAAAGAGACGGUUCAAGGCCAAGACUACUAUGGCAUCCGCAUCUUCCGCUUCUACAUCAAGUGCACGCGCUGCAGUGCUGAGAUCACUUUCAAGACUGACCCGAGAAAUACGGAUUAUGUCGCUGAGCAUGGAGCGAGUCGCAACUACGAGCCUUGGAAGGAGGGCAAGGAGCAAGACGAAGCGGAUGGGCAAGCUUACGACGACGAUGAUGACGAUCCGCUCGCCCAUUUUGCAGAAGAGGAGCGCCUCCGCGAGCUUGAAGCGCAGGGUAAGAGUCGCGAGGAUGCGGCAGCCAAGAUGGUCGAAGAGGGAGCCGACCCGAUGGCUCUGCUUGAGGCAAGACAGCGCGAGUCGAAGCGUGAGAUGGAGAUGGAGGACAACCUGCGAGACAUUCGAUCACGCAACGCCAAGAUGGACCGUGUGGAUGCAGGAGACAUCAUGGACAGGCUGACGCAGAAGCGCGCCGCGAGGGAUGAGGAGAGGCGCAGAUUGGAUCCUGAAGAGGAGGAGAGGCGCAGGGCUGAGGAAGAGGAUGAGUUGCUUGUCCGCAAGUACUUCAGCAGGGCAGAGGAUCUGGGUGGGGAGGAGGAGGAGAGGGAGUUGGAAGCCGCGUUGAGGGGUGGGGGAGCGGCUGCAGACGAUGAUGACGACCAGAGCUCAGCCACUGGUCCCUCAAGCAGCGCCUCCCCUCUUCCACCCGCGGCUAAUACCAGCAACGGCAAUGGCAGCGGUAAAGCAGGCGUAGUUGUUAAGCGCGCCCUCGCCGACACCGGUGACGACGACACAGAGCCAGAAGUCACCAGCCUGCUCAGCGAGCGAGCCAAGACGCUCCUCGGCUCUACGAGCGCAUCAGCAGCAUCACCACCGCCCUUGCCCAUGCCGGCAAAGAAGAAGGCAAAGAAGGGCAAUGCGCUUGGUAUUGUCAGGAAGAAGGUGGCGUAGAGCCGCCACGAACGACCCAUUUCUAGCUUGUUGUACUCAUACUAUAUCCAAUCGCUUAAUCGCUUAAUCGUCACCACCAGCUUCCAACCAAUCCCCAAAUCCGUCUCUCCUCUUCCCUUCGUCAUCUUUCCCCUUGCCCUCCCCAUCCUCCACCUCGUCGUCAUCCUCCGCAUCACUCGCUCCCCCUCUGCCACUCCUCCUGAAUCGCACCUUGUUCCCUUCGGCCAAAAAUGCCUCCAACCUCCUCUGUGCAAAGAAUCGCCCGUCCAUCCUCUUGACACACUCCCUCGCGUCCUCGACCCUCUUAAACUUCACAGUAACAACCCCCUCCGGCUC